ACUCUAACCUUCACGUAAAAGUACCUAUAAAUUAAAAGUUUCAAAAUUCUUUAUCAUUAACAAAAAUGCUCAUUUGGGUGUCUCUUCUUUCGUUGCUUUUUUUAAAGCCCGUCACUCUCUCGCAAGUACUUCAACCUUUACCUCCGUCACUACAAGAUGAAGUUAAUUCAACAGUCCCGGAGAUCAUUGCCAAGUACCACUACUCAGUGGAAGUGCACCACGUGAUUACUGAAGAUGGAUAUAUUCUCAGUCUUCACCGAAUUCUCCCCUCACGCAAACCCAUCAACUCUUCCGUUCUUGUAAUGCACGGAAUCUUUGCUUCUUCUGCCGACUGGAUCAUAACGGGACCCAGCCAUGGCUUAGGGUACAUACUUUCAAACGAAGGGUACGACGUGUGGUUGGGGAACGCCCGAGGUAAUCGAUACUCGCGUAACCACACUUCUUUGGACCCCAAGUCAAAAGAAUUCUGGGAUUUUUCUUUCCACGAAAUAGGAGUGUAUGACCUUCCAGCAACCAUAGAUUAUAUUUUGGGAAAAAUACAACAGAAAGAAAUUUUCUAUAUCGGACAUUCUCAAGGAACUGCCGCCUUCUACGUGAUGUGUUCACUAAAACCGGAAUAUAAUGCGAAAAUUAAAGCCCAGUUUAGUAUGGCUCCUAUAGCCUUUGUUAAUCAUAUGUUCAGUCCGAUUAUGCAUUUUUUGGCGGCUUUCAAUGUCGUGUUUGAGAACGUAGCGUAUUGGAUGGAUUUGAAUGAAUUAUUGCCAAAAAACGGGGUUGUCAAUAUUUUGGGGGAAAAACUAUGUGGUGCGUACUCGAUUGGUGAAUACGUGUGCAAUAAUGCGCUUUUUGCCAUUGCGGGCUUCAAUCUUGACCACCUCAAUUUAACUCUUCUUCCACUGAUUUUAACACACGUUCCUGCUGGGAGUUCGACCAAGCAAGUGUUGCAUUUUAGUCAGGAAAUUAACUCAGGCCAUUUUCGUCAGUACGACUACGGAUAUUGGAGUAAUUUCAAACUAUAUGGUCAAUUGUCCCCUCCAGACUACGAUCUAAGCAAAAUUACUGUUCCCAUUUACACCUUCAGCAGCAACAGUGAUUGGAUUUCUUCGCCAGAAGAUGUAGCCACACUUUCCAAACAAUUAAAGAGUUCAAAAGGAGAUUUUUUUGUGGCUGAUGGCUCAUUUACACAUAUAGACUAUAUGUAUGGAAUGGAUGCCCCAAAGGUUCUUUAUAACAGGAUCCUAAGUUUGAUGACGAGAUAUUAA